GUGAAUAUUCACCGGCGCGCGUCUUGACUGUAGGUCGUUUGACGCGUUCAAGAGCUUCCUCUCAUUUCAGACUCCUUGUUACGCUAUUUGACCUGGCGAACUGGAAUCCCACACAAGAUUAUUCCUUCACUUCUCUACUAAACAAAACCCGUUAGCCUAUUGAUACAGUUCUUUCAACAUGUUUUUGAGGCCAGAGAGUUUAGGUCUACUUUUCGUGAUACUCAAUAUCUCAUGGUCGGUAGAUCGUGCUAAUUUUAAAACAUGUGACCAGAGCUCGUUCUGUACUCGACAACGACAAAUAAAACCCGGGGGACUUGCGCACAGGUUAGAACCAAGUUCUGUCAAGAUAAACCCACAUGGAAUAACUGCAGUUAUUUACACUGAAGAUCAAAACCAUCAUCUGUCGCUGGAUGUUACCUAUAAUCAACACUCCAUCUUCCGUGUACUCAUUGAUGAAUUGACAGAUGAGUAUAAAAGGUAUCGCGUGCCUACAGGAGACGUUUUGCCAGGCGUUGAAAAGGCCCCUAUCAGGUGUAAAUUUGCUGAGAAUAGUUUAGUGUUGGAUGGACAGUCUGGAUACAAGGCAGUCGUGUAUUAUAACCCUUUUCAUAUCGAUUUUUUCCUGAAUGACAUUGUUGUAGCAUCAGCAAAUAAGAGAAGUCUUUUAAAUUUUGAACAUCAGAGGAAAAAACCGAUUAUCGAUAGAAAUAAGGUAUCUCAAAAUGACAACCAUACAUUACCAAGUGAAAAUCAUGAGGUUGAUAUUUCUAUUGUAAAUAGUUCCGAAGAUUCUUCAGGAAAUACAGAUGUACCAAAAGACUCUACUACCGAUGAAGACAAAGAAGAUAAAAAACAAGAUCAUAUAGAUACAGAGCACACAGUUCCGGAAGAUCAGUCAUGGUCAGAAUAUUUCAAAGAACAUCUUGACACAAGACCUCACGGCUUAAACUCUAUCUCGAUGGAUUUCGACUUUCAGGGAUUCAGUCACGUCUAUGGGAUCCCAGAACAUGCUGAUGGAUUCGUUUUGAAAACUACAAGUGAUGGCGACCCCUACAGACUUUAUAAUCUUGAUGUAUUCGAAUAUGAGGUCCAUAAUAAAAUGGCCUUAUAUGGCUCUGUCCCUGUUAUGUGGGGACACAAUCAAAACAAUACUGUGGGUGUCUUGUGGCUGAAUCCGUCGGAGACAUGGAUCGACAUUGAUCAUUCGAACUCACAAAAUAGCGGAAUAUUUUCAGGUUUCUUUUCGAAGAAACCAGAGAAAUCUUCAGUACAAACGAGAUGGAUAUCUGAGUCCGGCUUAGUAGAUUUAUAUGUGUUUAUGGGUAGUACUCCAUCUGAAGCAAUGCGUUCUUAUGCUAGUGUGGUAGGUACUACCAAGUUACCACCCCUGUUUGCGAUUGGUUAUCAUCAGUGUAGAUGGAACUAUAAUGAUGAGGCUGAUUUACUUUCUGUGGACAAACAUUUUGAUGAAUAUGAAAUGCCUGUUGACGUUUUGUGGUUAGACAUUGAACACACUGAUGGAAAACGUUAUUUUACUUGGGAUAGAACUAAAUUUCCAAAUCCAAAAGAAAUGGUUGAUAAACUGAAUGUUAAAGGUCGAAAGCUCGUUACGGUUGUUGAUCCUCACAUUAAGCGUGACUCGAAUUGGCCUUUAUUCAGUAAUUCCCAAAAUAAUGGGAUUUUCGUCAAAACUAGAGAUGGGACCGAAUUCGAUGGUUGGUGUUGGCCUGGAUCUAGUGCGUGGCCUGAUUUCACUGAUAAGUCUGUUCAGCAGUGGUGGUCAAAUCUAUUCCUUACUUAUGAACCUGUUUGCAAAGAUUCCAUGUUUACCUGGAAUGAUAUGGGUGAACCAUCAGUUUUUAAUGGUCCUGAAGUCACUAUGCAUAAAGUAAGCGGGCCACUAAAGUUUGUGGACUAUUGUCUUUGA